GAUUGAUGAUGACCCUUUUGGCUUCUUUAGCUCCUCCUCAUCUCCUCUGUUGUUCAUCUUUAAUCAUUCCUUGUUGUAACUGUCAUCCAUUAAUCACACUCUCUAUACCUCCAAAUCCUUCAUGUUGGAGCAAUCCAUUCAAAGUCGAUAAAAAGUCAGUUUCAUUAUCAUCAACAUCCAUUUCUUUCAAAAAGUUCACACCUUGGACCUCAACAUUGAAUCAUCAGAUAAACAUACCAUAGCUGGUUCUAAUGAUCAAGAAUUCUUGAUUGCAGAAGUUGAGAUUUGAUGGCUUUUUUAUUGGAUGCACGGUUCCUUGUUACUGAAGUGAGGUUCAUUUGAGACUUUUCAGAUAGAGGAGGAAUGUCUUGCUUCUGCUAAGGGAAGACAGAGAAUUUUUUUGCUGAUCAUUAGGCGCAACUUGCUCAGUUGACAAAUCAAGAUCUGUAUUUGGACUACAUGCGAUGGCUGAAAGCAGGAAUGCUAAUGCAAAAUCCUCUAAUGGGAAGCCUUCAGGAGCUGUCAGUCCAUAUGCGAUAGAUUUGGAUAACUUCACUAAGCGCUUGAACUUGUUAUAUUCACAUUGGAAGGAACACCAUAAUGACCUAUGGGGUGCUUCUGAUGUUCUUGCCAUAGCAACACCUCCAGCUUCAGAGGAUCUCCGGUAUCUGAAGUCAUCAGCAUUGAAUAUUUGGUUGGUUGGUUAUGAGUUCCCAGAGACAAUUAUGGUCUUCCUGAAGAAACAGAUCCAUUUCUUGUGUAGCCAGAAAAAGGCUUCUUUGCUUGAGGUUGUUAAGAAGCCUGCCAAAGAGGCUGUGGGUGUUGAAGUUGGGAUACAUGUGAAGACCAAAAGUGACGAUGGAAGUGGUUUGAUGGAUAUCAUUUUUCGUGCAGUCCAUUCUCAGUCAAACUCCAAUGGUCAUGAUACUCCUGUCAUUGGACAUAUAGCUAGAGAAAGUCCUGAAGGGAAGCUUUUGGAAACAUGGGAUGAGAAACUAAAGAAUGCUAAUUGUGAGCUAAGUGAUGUAACGAAUGGGUUCUCUGACUUAUUUGCUGUCAAAGACAGUAUUGAGCUUACAAAUGUAAGGAAAGCAGCUUUCUUGACUUCUUCAGUGAUGAAACAGUUUGUGGUGCCAAAGCUUGAACAAGUCAUUGAUGAGGAGAAGAAGAUCUCCCAUUCUUCAUUGAUGGGUGACACAGAGAAGGCAAUAUUGGAACCGGCAAGAAUUAAGGUAAAGCUGAAGGCAGAGAAUGUCGAUAUUUGCUAUCCUCCAGUUUUUCAGAGUGGAGGAGAGUUUGAUCUGAAACCGAGUGCUGCAAGCAACGAUGAGAACCUCUACUAUGACUCUACUAGUGUGAUCAUAUGUGCAAUUGGUUCUAGAUACAACAGCUACUGCUCAAACAUUGCAAGAACUUUUCUGAUUGAUGCCAAUCCGUUGCAGAGCAAGGCAUAUGAGGUCCUCCUUAAGGCCCAUGAAGCGGCAAUCAGUGAAUUGAAGUCUGGGAACAAGAUUAGUGCUGUGUAUCAAGCAGCACUCUCUGUGGUUGAGAAGGAUGCUCCUGAAUUAAUUGCAAACUUGACCAAAACUGCAGGAACUGGAAUUGGCCUUGAGUUUCGUGAGUCAGGGCUAAGUCUUAAUUUGAAGAAUGAUCGAAUUCUGAGACAAGGAAUGGUUUUCAAUGUGUCUCUUGGCUUUCAGAACUUGCAGGCAGAGACCAAAAACCUAAAGACCCAGAAGUAUUCUGUCUUGCUGGCAGAUACAGUGAUUGUUGGUGAGAAGAUUCCAGAUGUGGUGACUUCAAAGAGUACUAAAGCUGUUAAAGAUGUGGCAUAUUCAUUCAAUGAGGACGAUCAGGAAGAAGAUCAGCCAAAAGUCAAGCCUGAACUUAGAGGGAGUAAGACUAUCUUGUCUAAGGCAACACUUAGGUCAGACAACCAUGAAAUGUCAAAGGAGGAGCUACGAAGGCAGCACCAGGCAGAACUUGCCCGCCAGAAGAAUGAAGAGACUGCUAGGAGGCUUGCUGGUGGGGGUUCAAGUGCAACAGAUAAUCGAGGUGGUGCAAAGACAAUUGGUGAUUUGGUUGCGUAUAAGAAUGUAAAUGAUCUGCCCCCUCCUCGGGAGUUUAUGAUUCAGAUUGACCAAAAGAAUGAAGCCAUAAUAUUACCAAUUCAUGGAAGUAUGGUUCCUUUCCAUGUCGCCACUGUGAAGAGUGUGUCUAGUCAGCAGGAUGGUAACCGAACUUGCUACAUACGAAUAAUAUUUAAUGUGCCCGGCACCCCUUUCAGCCCUCAUGAUGCAAAUUCCCUUAAGUUUCAAGGGUCUAUAUAUUUGAAGGAGGUUUCAUUUCGUUCAAAGGACUCUAGACAUAUAAGUGAAGUGGUACAGCAGAUUAAAACCCUACGUCGGCAGGUUACUUCUAGAGAAUCUGAGAGAGCUGAGAGGGCGACCUUAGUUAGUCAGGAAAAGCUUCAGCUAUCUUCUACCAAAUUCAAGCCAAUAAAAUUGUUAGAUCUAUGGGUUCGUCCUCCUUUUGGUGGUCGUGGAAGAAAAUUGACUGGCUCACUGGAAGCCCAUGCAAAUGGCUUUCGCUAUUCAACUUCACGGCCUGAUGAACGUGUUGAUGUAAUGUUUGGUAACAUCAAGCAUGCAUUCUUUCAGCCAGCAGAGAAGGAAAUGAUUACUCUCGUGCACUUUCAUUUGCAUAAUCACAUAAUGGUGGGGAACAAAAAGACCAAGGAUGUGCAAUUUUAUAUUGAGGUGAUUGAUGUGGUCCAGACAAUUGGAGGGGGGAAAAGAUCAGCCUAUGACCCUGAUGAGAUUGAGGAGGAACAACGUGAGAGAGAUCGGAAGAAUAAAAUUAACAUGGACUUCCAGAACUUUGUGAACCGGGUGAAUGAUGUAUGGGGCCAACCUCAAUUCAAAGCACUUGACCUUGAGUUUGAUCAGCCUUUAAGAGAGCUUGGGUUCCAUGGGGUUCCCCAUAAAGUUUCAGCGUUCAUAGUUCCAACAUCGAGUUGCUUGGUUGAGCUGAUAGAGACUCCUUGUGUGGUUAUAACUCUGAGUGAGAUUGAAAUAGUUAACCUGGAGAGAGUUGGCCUUGGACAGAAGAAUUUUGAUAUGACUGUUGUCUUCAAGGACUUCAAACGGGAUGUCCUACGGAUAGACUCUAUCCCCUCUACGUCACUAGAUGGCAUAAAGGAGUGGCUAAACACCACUGACCUCAAGUAUUAUGAGAGCAGAUUAAAUCUGAACUGGCGGCCUAUACUGAAAACUAUCACUGAUGAUCCGGAAAAAUUCAUAGAGGAUGGCGGGUGGGAAUUUUUAAACAUGGAAGUUAGUGAUUCAGAUUCUGAAAACUCAGUGGACUCGGACCAAGGGUAUGUGCCUUCAGAUGUGCAAUCCGACUCAGGUUCCGAUGAUGAAGAUGAUGACAGUGAGUCUUUGGUGGAGUCCGAGGAUGAUGAGGAAGAGGACUCUGAGGAAGAUUCGGAGGAGGAAGAAGGAAAGACAUGGGAAGAGUUGGAGAGAGAAGCUAGUUAUGCUGACAGGGAGAAGGGGAAUGAUUCAGAUAGCGAAGAGGAGAGAAAAAGAAGGAAGAUCAAGGCACUUGGUAAGUCUCGAGAGCCAGCUCGACCACCCACUCGACCGCAAGCUCGACCCCCAGCUCGACCGCCAGCUCGACCGCUAGCUCGACCACCUGAUAGAAGAAAUGUGAGUGGCAGUCUUCCCAAGAGGCCCAAACUAAGCAAAGAAAAGGGAUGGUUGGGGUUUUUGGAAAUUAUAACUUCUUAACCCAGGCACUCCUUGCCAAAAAAAGGUUGGAAUACAUGAAGACUCCUGACAAACACUUUCGAACCCAGAUACCAUCCAAGGUCUGCCACACAAGUCUAGGAUAUCGGUCAGGUUAUCCAUGGUGCGAAAUUUUUGAAGCUAAACAACUACCGGAUUAUGUGUGGAGGAUUGUAGUGGACUGACAGCAUUUGAAAGGACCAUUGGUUACAAGCAGAUUCUCUUUCGAGUUUCCAUGCUUGAUAUGAAGACGCAAGUUCUUAAAUGUUGGAAUGAGAAGUGAUAGAUGCUAUAUCCCAAGGCACGGCUGCCAAGGCCACCAAGACUAUUCUUCUCAGUUUUGUCCUUCACCCUGAUUCACUAUUUUAGUUAAGGACAGCUAGUAGGAGUGCCUACCAUCUAUCCAUCCUGCUCAGAAGUUGAGAAUUUUGAAACAGAGGGGAGCUAACGUGCCUCCAACCUUUGACUGAUGUGCUCCUCAGCUACUGAAUUACGGAGACUGAAUCCUUUAGCUCCGAAUCCAGAAGAGACCAAGUGAAGUUCAAUUUCGAGGAUUUCUCAACUUGAAAAUUCCGAACCAAAGCAUACAAAAUAAUACGUCUACAAAGGGUUCUUGCAUUGUUAGAGCUGUAUUUAGCUCAAGACACUCUGCCUGAAUCUGUGAAUUGAUUAUCCUCCAAUGGUGCAGCUGUUAUCCGUGAGUAAUCUGCAGAGAUUAGACAAAUAGUGGAGGAUUGCAAUAUACAUGGCCACUUGUUGGGAAUUUUGAGUCUCACUUUCUGCUUGCAGCCCCUGCACCACGAGUCAAGUUAGCCAAUUAGCUCAUGACUUCACGUUGAUAGUUUGGUUAUAAGAGGAUCCUGCUGAUACUGCAGCCCUUCCUGCUUCUGAUGUCAGUAACCUCAAGUUUAAUGUGAUCUCAACAUGGGUUUUCUAUAUAUUUUUAAAGAAUAACCAUUUUGGCUAUAGAAAAUGAAAAGGUGGUGGCUUCUGUUGGGUAACCAUUUCCA